AUGGAUAUUGAUGGAGAAAUCGAACGGUCAUAUAAUCGAACGAUCGUCAACAACGAAACUGAACGAAUGUCACACAAGUGUGAACGAGCAUUGCACAAGGGUCAAGAAUUUGAACAUGUGUUGAUGUCUAUCAAUACGAAGCAUGCAAAAAAUGACAACUAUUGGUACUUAGAUACGGGUUGUUCUAAUCUCAUGACAAGAAAGAAGGAGUGGCUAAUAGAUCUGGAUUCUAGUGUUAAAAGUAUAGUAGGGUUUGUUGAUAACAGUGUAAUAAUGGCCGAAGGUGCCGGAAGGAUUAUGAUCAGAAGCAAGAACAGACAACCCGCGUACAUGAACAACGUGCUAUACGUACCAAACAUGAAGAGAAAUAUGCUCAGUCUUGGGCAGUUACUUGGAAAAGGAUACACUAUGAACAUCCAUCAAAAGCAUAUAGAAAUAUUUGAUGAUAGAAAAUGUCUUGUGCUCAAAGCUCCAUUAGCUAAGAACAGAACUUUUAAGGUGAAGCUUAGUGCUACUAUUAUUCAGUGUUUAUCAUCUAUCAAUACCGAGGAAGAAGAAUGGUUGUGGCAUUACCGUUAUGGACAUCUAAAUUUCAGAAGCCUGAGACAGUUGAAGGAUAAAGACAUGGUGAUAGGAGUUCCUGAGAUUCAUGCACCAAAGAAGGUGUGUGAAGGUUGUGUAAUUGGAAAGCAAACCAGGAAACAGUUCAAGAGAACAUCACACAAGAGGGCAAAAGCAAUCUCUUGA